GACUUGUAUUUUAAGUUCUAAUGGUUUAAAAAUUUGUCAUUUACUUAUAUAGCUUUUAUCAAAUUUAGAAUUCAGGCAACAUGUUUAUUCAUUCAAAAAGCAGUUAAGAGUGCCAUUAUAGGCUAGCUUCUGUAGUGCUGAGACUAUAGCUGUGAAUAAAAUAGUUUCUCAUCUAUCUGACUGGGAAUGAUGGGAGACAGAUAGUUGCUCAGCAAGCGAAUGAAAAAUAAGGACUCUGAGGAUGUAGUUCAGUGCUAGAACACUUGGUACCAUCUAUGCAUGAUGUCCUAAAAUCCUUAAAAACCCCUUCAUCACAAAAGGGAAGGGGAUGCAAAAGGAUAUAUUCAGCAGCAUAUACAAAGUUGAAUAAUGAUACCCAAUGAGUGUCUUUAAGUUAUAUAGGAAGAUGGUAUGUAUAUUUGGGUGUGCAAAAAGUGUUUCACAAUUAAGAUGUCACGGAGGGUGGUUAAUCCAAAUGAGAAAGACAGCAUACUAUUUGAGAACAUUAAAGUGCUUUGAGGAUUAGUCACUUAGGUUCUACAGGGUAUGUUUAUAGAAGAAAACCAAUGGGUAUGUCUGUCUGAGAUUUUUAGGAACUUGCUCUGGUAAUUUAGGAUAGAGCCUUAGUAAAAAAAAAAAAAAUACGGAAAUCUUAUUAUGGUAUAAAAUUUAAAGGCAAUACGUGUACAUAGGAUUAAAAGAAUCUUAAAAGUUCUAAAUAGUAAAGAAAGGCUAGGUGAGUAGUUUCUUUCACUCUGCCUUCCAUUAAUUUCCCUUUUUCAUUCGUUUUGUUGGUUCUAUGUUUUCUCCUUGUUUGUACAGAUGUUCCAUUGGGGCUGUUUACCAGAUUGCUUUCUAAAUUAGCCAGCUGGGGUUACUUUAAAAAACAGUAUGUAAUUUUUUUUCCUUCUCCGUGCUAAACAGAGUUAUUCUGUCAAAGAGCUUGUUUGUAGUUCCUGUACAAUAAUCAUACUUUAUUAAACAGUUAUGUGAGGGGUAAGGUUUAUGGCAAGAUUGAAUGACCAGACCUUAGUAAUGAACAAUACACAAUACAAAUUGUCUGUACCCCACUAUUACAGUAUACAAAGUACAAAAUACUAUUUAAGGCUUAUCCUCUUAAAACUAAUUAUUCAUAGUUCUAGUAUAUAUUAUAUAUGUGUAAAGGUUGAUUUGAGGGAUUUGUGUUCAUAAUUAUAAAAAACAAGUUCGAUUAGCCACUAAAGCCAGCACUGCCAUUUUUGACAUUGACACCAGACACAUUUUGUGGUGGUUAUUCAUCCUAAUCCAGAAUAUUCGUUAACUGUUUAAAAAGAAAGAAAGAAGGAAGGAAGGAAGGAAGGAAGGAAGGAAGGAAGGAAGGAAGGAAGAAAGAGAAAGCCAAACAUUUUAUAAAUAUUUUAAUAAAAUUACUGGGAAGUUGAAGGAACAAAGAAUAAAGGAGCAACAGGUUGGAAACUAUUGCCCGUUACUUGACUGAAUUACUUCUCACUGUCUGUUCCUAAAGGAUUUUUGUGUACAAAUCUUUGCCUGUGAAAGUAGAUUCUAAGAAGAGGCAUUUUCAAGUUAAAGGGUAUGAACUCUCACAAGGUUCUUGUUGUAUAUUCUCUUUUCUUUUUCUAGAAUGCUUAUAACAUGCUCCUUCAUGCUGUCUCUAGUUCUGUGUGUUUUAAAUUGUUUACUUAAUCUGAAUUUCUAAAUUUCUAGUGAAUUUGUUGUUUUAUGAAGAAUUUUUACAUCAGUUGUUUUCUGUUACUGAUUUAUAAUACUUUAUUAUGUAUUAAUUAUUUUAGCCCUUUGUUACAUGCAUUAUAAAACCUUUUUCCCCUGACUUAACUUUUGGCAGUAGCCUGUGAGUUGGUCUCUCUCUUUCAGGAGACUUAAUCUAUUGUCUCAAAUACUGGAAAGACCAACAUAGCCGUAAAUAACCUUUAUAUAUUAAAUCCAAAAUCCCCGUGUCUUCCCGUAACACAGAAUACCAAGUUUUAAACCUUUGAUAAAUUUCAUGACUGGAAAUCACCUAGGAGGUAUGCAGACUAAGAUUCAGACUCUGUGGCCUGGGUCCUCAUUUACAAACUCUGUAUUCAGUGUUAGUGCUACUAGGCCAUCCUUUCACAAACACCUUAUAGUUUGGUGGGGGAGGGGGACUUCUAAUAACAUUCUCCUGGGUGAAAACUGGCUCUUGAUACAGUCAUCUACUUGCUGUCUAACUAUAGAUACAUGCAUCCUAAGCCUCUGCCUGGUGGUGCUGUCUGUGUAAGUGUUAGAUGGCACUCUGCUGUUCUCCUGGAAUUUCUUCUACUGUCUAUUUUGUCCAAUCCUGACUUCCUUUAAGAUGCUUCUCUGUCUUUGUCAUGAAUUCUUCCCUAAUCAUUUUAAUCUAAUUGAAUUUUUUGCCUUCCCUGAGUCUAAGUGAUCAUUUGCACCUUUUCAACUUAUUUUUCAUUUGUCUAUUUUGAUUUUGAUUUUUCUUUCUCUUUGUGAGUAAUCUUAAGUUGUUCAUUUGUUGGCAGAGACUUUGCCUUAUAUGAUUUUAUUUUAUCUCCCACAGGACCUGUGUGGAAAUAAAAACAAAUUUCAGUGUACUCAACAGUUUGGGCUGUUUUGAAAAGUUACAAUGAAAUAUUCACUAGGCAUUCAGUGGAUAUUUUUAAAAGAUCAAAUCUGUUAUUCUGUCUACCCUGUCUACAGCUUGUAUAAUUCUGUAGACUUUAAUCUUUAACCUUUGGUCUUUGGUUGUGAUAAACUGAGAAGGUCCUUCUCAUGCUAGUGCUACUCAUGGUAGUGCAUCACCACUUCCUUUUUUUUUUUUUUUUUUUUUACUCAUUAAUAGAGUGUUUGUCAGCAGGGCCAGUUUCACAUAGUCUUCCAGUUAAAGAUUAUUAGUCUAGUUUUUUUAAUGUAGACUUCGGAUGUGGUGGAGGCGGGCUUGAUACCUUAUAAAAUUAAAUAGGAAGCCUUUAAAAGUAUGACAUCUAGUUUGUUGUGUUUCAUCCAGAUCUCUGUUUUAGACCAACUGACUCAGGCCUAGAGUUUAUCUGAAUAGCCUGAGUUGUUUCUCCAGAGGUUAGGAAGAACUUUAGAAUGAUGCUAGGCAAUAAGAAAGCCCAUCCUGAAUUAGAUGCCAGUCCUGUUGAGUAGUUGUCCUAGGGAUGUUUCUCUCUGUUUCUGCUUAAACCAGACUUGGGAAGGAAAUGACAGCAUAUUCUGGGGAGUAUAAAGGGGUUGGUGGGGGCAGCCUCAGCAACAUCUGUCACUCCAUUGCUUGUCAGGAUUAUUUAGCUAAUUUGUCUGACUGGGCAGGUGUCCCCUCUCUCCCUCAGUGCUCCAUGUGCAUCCCUCUUGAAGCUUCGCACUCUGUUGAAGAGGACACUCAUCCCAGUCACUAUUUAGAAGCAAGAUGCUUGAAUGAAAGAGAUUACCGGGAUAGAAGAUACAUUGAUGAGUACAGAAAUGAUUACUGCGAAGGAUAUGUUCCCAGACAUUAUCAUAGAGACAUUGAAAGCUCUUACAGGAUCCACUGCAGUAAAUCCUCAGUACGAAGCAGGAGAAGCAGCCCUAAAAGGAAGCGUAAUAGACACUGUGCAAGUCAUCAGUCACAUUCGAAGAGCCACCGAAGGAAAAGAUCCAGGAGUAUAGAGGAUGAUGAGGAGGGUCACCUGAUCUGUCAAAGUGGAGACGUUCUAAGAGCAAGAUAUGAAAUCGUGGACACUUUAGGUGAAGGGGCCUUUGGCAAAGUUGUAGAGUGCAUUGACCAUGGCAUGGAUGGCUUACAUGUAGCAGUGAAAAUUGUAAAAAAUGUAGGCCGUUACCGGGAGGCAGCUCGCUCUGAAAUCCAAGUGUUGGAGCACUUGAACAGCACUGACCCCAACAGUGUCUUCCGAUGUGUCCAGAUGCUAGAAUGGUUUGAUCAUCAUGGUCAUGUUUGUAUUGUGUUUGAGCUGCUGGGACUUAGUACCUAUGAUUUUAUUAAAGAAAAUAGCUUUCUGCCAUUUCAAAUUGACCACAUCAGGCAAAUGGCUUAUCAGAUCUGCCAAUCUAUAAAUUUUUUACAUCAUAAUAAAUUAACUCAUACGGAUUUAAAACCUGAAAAUAUUUUAUUUGUGAAGUCUGACUAUGUAGUCAAGUACAAUUCUAAAAUGAAACGAGAUGAACGCACACUGAAAAACACAGAUAUCAAAGUUGUUGACUUUGGAAGUGCAACGUAUGAUGAUGAACAUCAUAGUACCUUGGUGUCCACACGGCACUACAGAGCUCCAGAGGUCAUUUUGGCUUUAGGUUGGGCUCAGCCUUGUGAUGUUUGGAGCAUAGGCUGCAUUCUUAUUGAGUAUUACCUUGGGUUUACAGUCUUUCAGACUCAUGAUAGUAAGGAGCACCUGGCAAUGAUGGAGCGGAUAUUAGGACCCAUCCCAGUGCACAUGAUCCAAAAGACAAGGAAGCGCAAAUAUUUCCACCAUAACCAGCUAGAUUGGGAUGAGCAUAGCUCAGCUGGGAGAUAUGUUAGGAGACGCUGCAAGCCAUUGAAGGAAUUUAUGCUGUGUCACGAUGAAGAGCAUGAAAAGCUAUUUGACCUGGUUCGAAGAAUGUUGGAGUAUGACCCAACGAAAAGGAUUACCUUGGAUGAAGCAUUGCAGCACCCUUUCUUUGACUUAUUAAAAAGGAAAUGAAUGGGAAUCAGUGGUCUUCCUAUAUACUUCUCUAGAAGCAAUUACUUUAAGACUGUGUCAGUCAACUAAACAUUCUAAUAUUUUUGUAAACAUUAAAUUAUUUUGUACAGUUAAGUGUAAAUACUGUAUGUUUUGUAUCAAUAGCAUAGCUACCUUGUUAAGUAUAGUGUUGAUAAUGAAUGCAAUAUGAGUUAAAAUGAAUUUUCUCUUUUGAUGUUAAUUGCCAUUUUUAAAGGCCUUUGGAAUACCCUUUGUGUCCAGUGAUUAAUGUGAUUGGUCUUGUCUUUUGUACAUGAAGGUUGACUCUGAAGUGAUUUUUUUUUCUUGAGUAAAAGCAAAUCUUGACCA